AUGUUCACCAAGGUGUUAUGCUUCGUGACCAUCGCGUCAGUGAUAACCGUCAGCUAUGGAUACGGACACGGUUUCUCAUCCCAGCACAUUUACAGACACGAUGGACCCGCGCACGUUGUCCCCAUCCACGGACACGGACACCAUGACGCCCAUGACUAUUAUGCCUACCCUAAGUUCGAGUUCGCAUACAAGGUAGAGGACCCUCAUACCGGUGAUUUCAAGUCUCAACAUGAGCAUCGCGACGGUGACGUGGUCAAGGGCUACUACGCCCUGCACCAACCAGACGGCUCCACCAGACACGUAGACUAUCACGGAGACAAGCACACAGGGUUCCACGCCGAUGUGAAGCACAGCACCCAUCACAUCGUCCCGCAUCACCAUCAUUAUUAA